AGAUGACACUUGCCUGCAGCCUCAGCCCAGUCCAGCUCAGUUUAGCUUCCUCCAGCCGGUCAGCCAGGCCCCGGCAGCCGUGGAGGGGAUUAUGUUAUCAGCGCCAAGGCCAGGGAUUAAGGGUGACAUCCAGGAAGGCGGAGGGGGUCCCACCCUCGCCUGCUGAUCGCCAGGAGCCCCCUCCUGCCGUCACAGCACUGGCUGGAAGUUCCGCCAGCCAUCAACGGGCAAAGAGCCACGUCUUGGAGCAAGCCGGCGUCCAAGCCCCUGCGGGGGUGGGUGCCCACGGCUCUCUGGCAGGUCGGGCUGCGCUGGGGAGCUGCGUUCCCAGGCUCUCGCCUGCCUUUAUCAGCCCCUCUAACCCCAGUGUCAGGCCGGGGCUCGCAGCCUCUGUAGUGCCCGCUGCUGAGGAGCCGGUGUAGCGCCUGGCCCAGGCUAGAUCAGCAGCAGGGGAGCUGGCUGCCUGCAAAUCUCUGGCUGCCAAGGGAGCCCGGAGCGCAAAGGGGCUGGAUGGAAGGAGACGAUUCUCCUCCAGUCUGGGCAAGCGGCUAGCUCUGCAGAUCGGGGGUGGGGGGGUCUCCUCCGGUGCCGGGCUGCUGCUGCAGUUCGCAGGCGGCGAGGGGAAAUGAGAGCAGCGAAUCUGGGGAAGGAGAAGUGAGUGUGUCUGCUGGGGGCGGGAGGGGGCGAACCCCGGCCCAGCUGCGCUCUCCAGCCGCGCCCGGGGCAUUCGGGACUGAGCAGCGCGGCGGGGCUGGCAGCCGCCGCGUGUCCUGCUGGGCGGCGAAUCGUUCCGCCUCCGAGGGGCUGCGGCGAACCCUGCACCUGCGGGAAGAGCUCGCCUGGCUCAACCCCAGCCCGGGCGCCAGCCAUGCAAGCGGCCACCGCCUCCGGGCUGGAUGUCUCGAGGACGGGCGGGCCCCGAGAGGACGGGCGCAAUGCCCCGAAUAACUACACAGGGCACUGUAGCCAAAUCUUUCCCCCUCAGCUUGGCACGCUACAGAUAAUUCAUGGCGAUGGCACCGCCGUCGGAACGGUGAUAACAUUCCAGUGCUCCGCUCAGCACCUGCUUGUGGGACAGGGACUCGUAACCUGCAUAUGGAAGGGAGACAGUACACAGUGGACUGCUGGAGUUCCCUCAUGCAAACCCAUAUCGAAAUAUGAGGCUUUUGGAUUUAAAGUAGCAGUGAUUGCCUCCAUUGUGAGCUGUGCCAUCAUCCUGCUGAUGUCUAUGGCUUUUUUGACCUGUUGUCUUAUCAAGUGUGUUAAGAAAAAUGAAAGGAGGAGAACUGAAAGGGAUAUGCAACUGUGGUACCAGCUCAGAAGUGAAGAACUGGAAAACAUGCAAGCUGCUUAUUUUGGUUUUAAAGGCAGAAAUAACAACAAUAAUAAACCCUUCAGGAAUAAACCAGUAUUUGAUGAUGGGACUAACCUGGCAUAUGACAAUGAAGGCUUCUGCAGAUCUGGGAACAAAAAUAGUUUAAGAAAAAAAGAAGAAAACCCCACAUUGCUAUUUGACAGAACAGACAUUUUUUUAUGGCUCAUGAAAUAACUUUAAGCAAGUCAGCAUCAAGCUUUUGUCAGAGUGAUCCCACAAUUUUCACCUAUGCUUAGAAUAGGAAAUCAGUGUGACAACUGUGUAGUGUGGGUUGGCAGCUGUUGCCUUUAAUGGUGACCGCUGUACAUGGAAGGAACCACAUUCUGACCUUGGAUACACGUGAACAAGACACACGGAAGUGAUGGGAGAGAUGCACAUACGUACGUGAGAUCAGCAUGUGAGUCAAUGUGAGGUGCAUGUUAGCAAUUGCCAUCUGUGCCAUCCAGCUGCUAUUUGAAAGAAAACAACAGUGUGGUGGUUACUAAUACUUAUUUUAAUAAAGCCACGUGCCUCUAAGCUCCAUAUGUUGGCAACAUGACCAGUCUCUUGUAAUAUUCCGAUGACUGACUAGUGUCUGAAUAAUUUACGGCCACUUACAGGGAGGAUGUGCCACAUAAGAAGGGACUGAAAAGUUUGUUUUCUCAGGAUUUGAUGGUAGGGGAUGGAGGAAGGAGAGAGUGUGUGGUUAAUGGUGUAUAACAGGGAGCACAGUGAAAAGGGAGUUGGGAUAUUUUACCUUGGAUGAAGACAUGGGAGAAGGAGUGUGGCCCUGGGCCAUGCACACAGCCCAAAGCAAUGUGAGUGAACCUCAACUGCACCUACAGUGAGGAGUACAAGGUCAUCAGUACAGGAGGAGCCCAGUUCAAAGAGAGGAGAGAUGCCCCUACAAACAGCAAAAGGUGUGUGCACCUCUGAUGCAAGGGCAGUAGCAGAGGUAGUUAGGGGUUGUCUGCACAGUGAAAUUGACCAGAAGAGCGGUUCCAGAAUUAGUCUCCACUCAUGGUGUUAUUCUGGAAUAGAUAUUCCACUUUAAAUUCACACUCUACCUUACUCCAGAAUAACAGCCCAGGGGAGAUAACACCCUUAGACCAACAUUCCCCCUUCAUCCACAGCCAGGAUCCCUGCUGGCUGUUUAACAGAUGCUAGAAAAGUAUGACUCUGCAGGUGAGCCAUGCAAGCUACACACCACACAUGGGCAGGCACAAGCCUGAAUAUUAGCAAAGGGAAGUUUAAUAAAAGCUGGCAGUCUCCACUGCAAGGUGCAAAGAUAUCUGAGAGAUUAAAGUGAGUGUCAGUGAGAGAUCAUAUUAAAGUAAUGGGAACCAAAAGGAAAAAUGAAACCACUUCCCUCCACCCAAGCAUAGCUGUAGGGCCACCUAUAAAGGAGCAGUGAAUUCCAGAUGCUGUUCAGCUGAAUAAAAACUAGAGCUGGGACAAGGCAAAUUAUUUUGGCCUUGGAUUCACAGACUGUAGGAACAGGGAGAAGUUUCCUUGGCUCAUUUGUGAUUGCCAAACUGAAACAACACUCUCCUUCACCCCUUUUCAGUGAUUCCAGCCAUUCUUCUAGGGAUUUCAAGAAGAAUCAACUAAUGAACAUGCAUAACGUGGCACUACGAUAGGAAACUCGCUACAGUAGCUAGGGUACACAGUAAACCAUCCUCCCUGUGCAUAUGAAAAUAUCCAGUAAACUCAGAACACUCUGCUGCGCAUGCCUUGCUACCACCAAACCAGGAGUGUGCCAUCCAUUAGCCCUACCACUGGAAAAACAGAUACAGUUAGAAGUAGGAAAGCCUGCACUAGGUGGGAAUUCAGUUUGCAUUAACAUCCAGAUUAUGGUAUGAAAUAACCAAACUACAGGAAGCCUCCAUAGCCCUCAGUCUCAGCACAUGUCCCCUCAUUUUAUCCCCCGGAAUAGCCCCUUCCUUGACAAGGAAAGAGCUGUGGCUUUGGCUGGUGAGGACAGGUGGCCUGCUUUCUCCCCUCUUCAGGGAUUUUUUGAAGAUCACAGCAGACCAAUUACCUUCUAUCACCUUUAAGAAACAUAUCUGCUGUCUCUCUCCUUCAGGCUUGAGCAGACAAGCCCAGGUUGCUUCUGCUCACCCUUUGGAGUUAGGCUCAGCUAAUCAGCCCACCUGGAGAAGUGUCUUGUAACAAAAUCCACUCCACCCACUUCAGCAAUGCCUCCCAAGGAGCUGCAUUUAAACAUGAUGUUUUUUUUUCUUUUCUAACAUGAACAUUUUUGGAGGAAAUGCUGCAUUUGUGUAGAAACAUUGACAACAACCCAAAAACUCAAACCAGGAAAUGUGGAGUGUUUGGAGUUUGAGGUGGAUUCUUUUUUACAGCUCUCUUGCUUGUUUUCAGAUGUACUGUUGUCACCAGUUAGCUGAACUGACUGCUGGAGUGUGUCAAGUGAAAUGGAAAAACCCAUGUCUGUGACUACACUUGAAAGUCCUCCUAUGCAGCUGGUACAUAUUACCAAGCCAAAAUCUCUGCAUCUGGGCCACAGAUUGCUGUACACCCACAGAAGUUAUUUUUAGUGCUUGUCUCUGAAAGAUCGUGAAAUUCGGUCCUGGGUCCUUUCCAACUACAGGGUGUCAGCCAGUAUGCAUUAUCAGGGUCGUAAGCAAAAAGCAGAUAAGGAAUAUCCAAUAAAAAGAUGUCCAAGAGAAAUGAGUGGAGAAAAACAAGAUGUGCUUGGGAAUUUGAGGCAAAUGUGUAUAAGUGAUGACGCAAAAUCAGUGACAUGAGCUCCCAACAUUUGUCCGCGCAGAAAUCCCAGCUAUGCUCUCUCUUCCACUAAAAUACGGAGUCUGUAAAGGGCCAGGUUCUCUACUGCCCUGUGUCUUGUGUAAAGGGUUGGAGGAAAGGCACAUAUUUAGGCCAGGAAAUUAGAAAGCCAGAGGACAGAAUGCUAAGGUAAAGGGCAGCAUGGCUGAGAGAUUUUUACAGAAGCAGGAAGUAUGGUGCUGCAGAUUUACCCCAGUGAGAGAAGGGAAGGUCUUUCUUCCGAUGCGGGGAGCUAAGCUGAUCUAAAGUUUUGGUAGUAGGGAAAAAAUAAGCAGAGGAUAACAAAAGACACAAAAUGAGGCUAAAAACUCAACAGCAGAAAGCUAUCGAGAUGGAAGGUCCAUUGAUGGAAAAAUCAAAUGGGGCAAAAUGCUGUACAGUUAGUAGCAAUUUACCACCAGACUGCAAGAGAUCCUUGAAGGCCAAUCUGCCCUGAGGAGAUUCCCGCAAUGCCAGGAAGUGCUGCUGGAGUUAACACGGUGUCUGUGUUUUCAUUACUACAUGCCCUUGCUUACAGGAUAAGUGUAGUGUUGCCACAGGUAUGGCUGAAAGGGCAAUUGCAUUCUAAGGGUCUGCUCCAGUUUCCAUUGAAUUAGAGCCAGAUCCUUGCCCCGAGCUAAAUCCCCUGUAUGCUGCUCUAAAGGGACAGCUCGGGAUUCCUCUAAUAUAAAGGAAGCCUCUGGAUGUGUAAAGUAGCCUACCUGGCUUAGUGUCACCCCCUUGUCCUGCACCCGCCACAUAGGUGGUAUAUUGGGUAUUGGGGCAUGGCCUCAACGCUGCUGCUCUAAGUUCUGCAGGGGCUGAACCGGCCUCCAGUUGCCCCCAAGAUUGGGUGAGCAGAAAGGGGUCCUACUGCCACCUCUGCCCUCCCUACCUCAGCUCACCUGAGAAUGCAGACCUUUGUGCAGGUGCAGAAUUGGGCCCCUCUUCUCAGGCUCUGCUUUUAGAUCAUUUGGUCUGAAAUGUCUCUCCAUGGUGAGUUCAAGGGUGGCUUAUUUGGGGGAGUCUGAAGGAGUCUAGCCCUUUCCCCCCGUUAUCUGAAAAUACAAAAAAAAUCUCCAGUGUUUUUCCACACGAACAGGUUUGUCUGGGUGCUGUUUUGCAUUCAGAUAAUACAUUGGUGAUUUUACACCCACAAAAGCUGAAAACAAUUAUGAGCCAAAUCAGCUGGGGGGAAGAAUUUAAUCAGAAAAAUGUGAAUGAUAAUUGGGAAUCAUUUAAGAAUAUCUUACUAGAUGUCCAGAAAGCCACAAUCCCGCAAUUGAGGAAGAAGGCUAUACUUGUUAAAAAAGCGAACUGGUUUAUAGGGGAAGUAAAGGCAACUAUAAAAAAAUUAAAAUAAAAAAUAUAACAAAUAGAAGAAAGGGUAAUUUGAUACUAAUGAAUAUAAAUCAGUAGAAAGGAACUGUAGAAAUGUGAUAAGGGAAGCCAAGGGACACCAGGAGAAAUCUAUAGCCAACAGAGUUAAGGACAAUAAGGAGGGGUUAAAAAAAUUAGGAAUAAAAAGAAUGCUGACAAUUAUAUUGAUCCAUUACUAGGUGGAAAAGGCAGAAUUAUCAAUAAUAAUGCUGAAAAGAAAGAAGUGUUCAAUAAAUAUUUCAGUUCUGUAUUUGGGAAAAAGUAGAUGAUAUAAUGUCAUC